GGCGCGAAUUUCUGCCAGUCGUCAACGUGCAGCCAAACGGUGCGGACUUGGCACUCUUCAUAUGGCGAGUAGAAGAACUUUCAACACUUGUCUUGAAUUUGAGAACUGAUUAAUUACAAGAAACAUUCAACAGUUGUUACUUUCUUUGGUGUUGGUGAAAAUAAAUGUUUUAACAAGUUAACAGAAUUGGCUAAGUGAAAAUGUGUUAAACGGUAGUGAACAUGUGCUUGGUCAAUGCUUACAAUGAGCAAGCUACCAAACAAUAAACAUUCACCCUUGACAAAUAGGAGAUUUAAAAGAGCUUCAGUUCAAUUUUCGACAAAUUCGGAAGUCAUUGUUUGCGUUCGCUUCUAACAGCUUACUUCGAACGUAGGCACAAUUUCAUGCAAUCGUCUCGAGUUCAGCAUUCGUUUGUUUUAAGUGCCGCUGGUGAUUAAAAAGCUUUUUUGGGACAGGCGCCACAACGAAAAGAAAAAAUUUCCCUAUCAUCUCAAUCACGCACAACCCAGCAAUCAUCGGAGGAAGCCUAAUUGAAAAAUGUUGCAGCACCCGUUGGACAUUCGUUCGAAAUGAUAGCGACAUUAUGUCCAGGCAAUAAUGAGGAGAGCACCGGGUAUAAUAGCACACGAGAUUAGAAUCUUGAAGUGGUCUGCGGUGGCCAUUUUCGCUGCCAUCGCGAGGCGUACAUCGCAACAUUUUGCAACAAAUCCGGGUGCCUCCGGGAAGAUUCACUGGGAGAAAAACUAAGCGAAAAAUUUGUUACAACGCCCGAACGAAGAACUGAAGGGGUUUUCAUUUUUAGUUUCUCCUUCCAAAUGUAGGAACACAAAAGGGGUUAGUUCUCUGUUGGAAUACAGUAGAUCGGUGUUCGUGUUUUAAUUGUCAUUACUUGAGUAGGCGUGUGUCAUAUGCCAACUCUGGUGCCGGUCAGUGAAUAAAAUGACGAAUGAUACGAGCACAACAACGAAAGCCAACGCCAGCUACGAUCAAGGUAACAGCAAACAGCGUGAAUCGUGGCACUCAAAUGGUGAUGUGACCGGCGAUGCUGGACCUGAUCCCGGCGGGGAUGGCGGUGCAGAUCCGGACUCCAAUACGACAUCGAAUGAUCAUGCGAAGGAAACAACGGCUCUGAAUCCGAAAGUGAGCCAUCUCGGUGUCAAUAAAGAAAGAGCAUUGGUGGUUACGCUGACCGGUGAGCGACGCCGGGAAACGUGGAGUCAGAAGACUGAGUUCCUGCUUGCUGUGAUUGGAUUUGCAGUAGAUUUGGGAAAUGUUUGGCGCUUCCCCUACAUCUGCUAUCAGAACGGAGGUGGAGCUUUCCUCAUUCCGUACUGUAUCAUGCUGCUGUUCGGAGGGUUACCGUUGUUCUACAUGGAACUGGCCCUGGGACAGUUUCAUCGGUGCGGCUGCCUCACGAUUUGGAAACGGAUUUGUCCUGCUUUGAAGGGUGUCGGGUACGCAAUUUGCCUGAUCGAUAUUUAUAUGGGCAUGUAUUACAACACGAUUAUCGGCUGGGCAGUAUAUUAUCUAUUCGCCUCAUUUAACUCCGAAUUGCCGUGGACGAAAUGCGGUAAUGUAUGGAACACGGAUGCCUGCACCCCGGUUACAGCCAUGGCAGCAAACAAUACGACUGUGCUGAAUAUAACCACUACUACCGCCGGAUUCAUCAAUGGAACGACCGAGUUCUUGGGCAAUAUGACAACGACGUUGGCCAGUUCCCUUGUGGGUGGUGUCGAAGUGGAAAUGGUCCGUACCAGUCCAGCUAGAGAAUUUUUCGAGCGUCAGGUUCUGGAGCAGUACAAAUCGGACGGACUGGACUAUAUGGGACCGAUAAAGCCCUCGCUGGCACUGUGUGUUUUUGGUGUGUUUGUAUUGGUGUACUUCGCCCUAUGGAAAGGUGUCAAGAGUGCUGGCAAGGCGGUUUGGGUGACGGCUUUGGCCCCGUACGUAGUCUUACUGAUCCUGUUGGCUCGUGGAGUCACACUACCCGGAGCUGCGGAAGGAAUUCGGUACUAUUUGACUCCGGAAUGGCAUAAACUGAAAAAUUCGAAGGUGUGGAUCGACGCAGCCUCGCAGAUCUUCUUCUCCCUCGGGCCUGGAUUCGGAACGCUGUUGGCCUUGUCUAGCUACAAUAAAUUCAACAACAACUGCUACCGGGAUGCACUUCUGACGAGCAGCAUCAACUGCCUAACCAGCUUCCUGGCCGGAUUCGUCAUCUUCUCGGUGCUCGGUUACAUGGCCAAUGUGCAGGACAAAUCCAUCGAAGAUGUCGGUUUGGAGGGACCGGGACUGGUGUUUAUCGUCUAUCCGGAAGCGAUCGCCAUGAUGAAAGGUUCCAUUUUCUGGUCGAUCAUAUUUUUCCUGAUGUUAAUCACCCUCGGGCUGGACAGCACGUUUGGGGGGUUGGAGGCAAUGAUUACGGCGCUUUGCGACGAAUAUCCGAGAGCGAUCGGUCGGCGGCGGGAGCUGUUUGUUCUAAUCCUGCUAGCAUUAAUCUAUAUCUGUGCGCUACCAACGAUGACCUACGGAGGAGUUUAUCUGGUCAAUUUCCUGAACGUGUACGGGCCGGGGCUCGCAAUAUUGUUCGUCGUGUUCGUUGAAGCGGCCGGCGUGUUCUGGUUUUACGGAGUGGAAAAUUUUUCGUCCGACAUCGAACAGAUGCUUGGCAAAAAGCCGUCACUUUUCUGGCGCAUCUGCUGGAAAUACAUCAGUCCUACCUUUUUGUUUUGUAUUCUAAUAUUCUCACUGUUGGGAUAUGAAGGCAUGUUGGAGGGCGAGUAUAAAUACCCCGAAUGGAGCGUUGCGGCCGGUUGGAUUCUGACACUGUCUUCGGUGCUCUGUAUUCCAUUAUACGUAAUAUACAAGUUUAUGCGGAGUUACGGCAGUUUCACUAGCCGUCUGCGCCAAACGUUCAAGCCGGAACCGUUGAUACCGACGGCCGUACCUGGCCAAAUCUACACCGGAACUGCCGUCUGACAAGAUUGCCCACCCGCUGCCGGUGACUAUCAGACGUCACAAACACAAGAAACUAAUAUUUGUUGCCAUAGUAGCCGCCGCAGCUGCUGCUACUGUUGCUUUGAUCGUAUCGAUUCACCAACGAACUGUAGCUGUUCCCCAAAACACUGCAACUACUACUAUUACAACUACGAGGAUCCUUCUAGCGAGUAUCCUACCUACAGUGUACGUCGUGCGCCUAGUGGUACCGCUGUUAAUAACGAUGAUAACAAUGCUGCUAAGCUUAGAGUUGAUCUGCUAUUAGAUGUCGACGCCUGCAACUGCUACAAGAAACUUAGUGAUGUUAGUGAUAAUAAUAGUACUUACUACAGCUCCAGACCUUGCGGUAACCGCAUUAGUUACUCCGGACUGUAUCCGGGAAUCCGAACGAAGAAGCUGUCGUUUCCGUUGGCCACGGAGUGGCUCGUUUGAAUCGAUGCAUGCCAAAGAGUUUAUAUCUCAUUUUUCGCAGACUUCCAAUUUUUCUAGAGAUAGAUGCAAAUUAUAACACAAGCUCGUUUUAACGCUGUUACUUCUAAUUUUAGGCUGAGCAUUUAUUAGAAAACACGAAGGAAACAUGGUUGAAUUUAUGAAUAGGCUUUGCUGCGGACAAACCGACGCAAAGGCAGCCACUUAGCGACGGUUUGUGUCGCUAUGCGGGUUAUCUACUCUAUCUUCGGAAAUUUGUUACCUCCGCCGGUUCCGUUGCCUACUUUAGAGCGUGUUUAUUGAACACAGGGUGUUUGGUUUUUCAUUGGGUGCCCAUUCAGGUGGUUUAGAAAGCCAUAUUUGGUGCAGGCGGUAAGCUGACAUGAAAAGCUAGAGAAAGGAGAAGAAAAUACUUCUUGAAAGUGAGUUUUCUUUGCAUAAGAUUUGAUGACACUUGGUUUCGAGUCUAGUAUUCAUUGCUUUCUCUGGGCGAUUUGAAUUUUACGCAAUGAAGGUAAAUCAAAACUUUUCCCCAAUAAAAGCAUGGCCUACUUUUUUAUCCCUUGAGCUGUAUAUUUUAUCGGUCUAACAAUCCUGCAUUCAUAAAAGCUUUUCUUGAUUGUUUGCGUUUUGAUUAGUUUUUGUUUAGAUACAGAUCUUGGUGGCUGGAAGGAACUUUCAACAUCCAAUAUGAUCAUCUGCCCACUCUCGAAUGGCCAUCCUCAAUGCGAAACUAAACUCCCUGCGUAUGCCAUGUACAAAUGAUGUUUACUGUUAGCUACUAUUGGAUAUUAUUGUAAGAAUCGAGAGUGUUUUGUUAGACGAGGAACACGAAUUUAAUGUGUUAGUAGUAUAUAUUUUAUAGGCCUACAGAAGUUAGUCGGAAACUAUUCUACAGAGAUAUAUUUAGCCACAAGCAGUACGUAGUUUAAUCAAAGACGUUAGUGUGUUUUAGCAUGUGCUUAAGAAACUACAUAGACUUAAAAAUCAAACACUUUAUAUAGCUAGUAAGAACGCAAAGCCUGUACAACGCAUAUUAAAGUAGCAUUUAUUUACGGUCUCCUGCCAGACUGGAAUGUGCUUCAAACUGUGACAAGCAAAUAACGAUGUCCAAACCGUAAGCAGCCAUUUACGCUUUGGGCAUUACCUUGCCAAACUUUAGAAUGUCUUAACAAUUUUUAGUCAGAGGAAGUGAUCGGUUUUAACUUUUCUGUAAUUUUUCAGACAAUAAAAAAGACUUACGUUAGAUUCUCAACCUGGAACAA